AUGAGCCGGGACGACGCUGCCCAACCUCUCCUGGCUCAGGGCUCCGCACCAGCAGCAGCAGCAGCAUCAACCAUGGCCGCCGCCGACCCGGCCGGCACCAAGACGUACGGCGCCGUCGACGUCGCGUCCGACGACCACGCCCCCCCGCGCGACGACCACCACGGCGACUUUCUCACCGAGAAUGAGCGCCAGCACCUCUCGCGCGGCCUGCACCAGCGGCACAUCAGUUUGAUCGCCUUGGCUGGCGCCAUCGGCACCGGCCUGUUCCUGGGCUUGGGCGGCUCCAUCCAAACAGGCGGGCCUCUCGGCGCCCUGCUUGGCUAUGCCACGGUCGGUCUGAUCGUCUGCGCCGUGCAGUUCGCCCUGGGCGAGGUCACGGCGCUGCUGCCCGUCACGGGCUCCUUCGUGCGCCAUGCCGAGUUCCUCGUGGACCCUGCCCUGGGCUUCGCCAUUGGCUACAACAUCGUCUACGGCAACUGGCUGUCCAUCCCCGCCGAGAUCUCGGCCAUCUGCGUGCUCUUCCAGUUCUGGACCGACCUCAACAGCGCCGUGUGGAUCGUCAUGAUCAUCGUGCUGACCUUCGUCGUCGGCAUGUCGCUGAUCCGCGUCUACGGCGAGGUCGAGUUCUUCUUCGCCGUGCUGAAGAUCCUGCUCAUCGUCUUCCUCAUCAUCCUGGGCCUGGUCAUCAACCUCGGCGGCGUGCCCGGCGUCGACCGCCUCGGCUUCCACUACUGGAAGACGCCGGGCCCCUUUGUCGAGUACAUCGGCACCGGCGCCUGGGGCAAGUUCCUGGGCUACUGGGCCGUCAUGAGCAACGCCGUCUUCUCCUUCGCCGGCGUCGAGAGCGUCGCCAUGGCCGCCGCCGAGACGCGCAACCCGCGCCGCGCCAUCCCCAACGCCUGCAAGCGCGUCUUCGCCCGCGUCUCGCUCUUCUACAUCCUGGCCGUGCUCAUCGUCGGCAUGCUGGUCGCCAGCGACGACGAACGCCUGUCGGACGAGUCAGGCACCGCCGCCCAGAGCCCCUUCGUCAUCGCCGCCAGCGCCGCCGGCGUCAAGGCCAUCCCGUCCGUCGUCAACGCCGUCGUCAUCACCUCGGCCUGGUCGUCGUCCAACCAGGCCCUGCUCGCCGGCACCCGCGUGCUGUACAGCUUGGCCCUGAAGCGCCAGGCCCCCGCCGUCUUCUUGCGCACCACGUCUUGGGGCGUGCCGUACGUCUGCGUCAUGCUGCAGACCGCCUUCAUGUUCCUCGCCUUCAUGAGCCUGUCCAACGGCGCCCUGACCGUCUUCUACUGGUUCCUUGACCUCACCGCGUGCGGCGUGCUGAUCAGCUGGAUCACCAUCCUGAUCAACCACCAGCGUCUGAUCCUGGCCAUGAAGAAGCAGGGCCUGCCGCUGUCGUCUCUGCCGUGGCAUAACACUUGGACAACCCUCUCCACCCCCGUCGCGCUCGUCUUCUGCGUCGUCAUCCUCUUCACCGCCGGCUUCCCCGUCUUCACCCGUGGCAACUGGUCUCCGAGCUCCUUUGUGUCGUCGUAUCUCGAUAUCCCCCUGGUGCUUACCGCAUACCUCCUUUGGAAGGUCAUCAAGAAGACGAAAAUCGUGCCUUUGUCCGAGAUCCCACUAAGGGAAGCGCUGGCGGAUGUGGAUCGCUUCCCGGAGAUGCCGGAGCCGGAACGAAAGGGGUGGAAUAAGGCCUUGAAUAUAUUGUGGGAUUGA